GGGAGACGAAGCACGUGGGUUACAGUCAGAUUGUAGAGGGCUGGUGAUACCAGGGUUUCCCUUUUUUGAAGUGUAAAACAUGGCUUCCAAACAAAACAUGAAAAAAGAUGAACGGUUCAGCCGUGUGAUGAAGGACCCACGUUUCUGGGAGAUGCCAGAAAAGGAGCGCAAAGUCAAGAUAGACAAGCGCUUUCAGUCAAUGUUUUAUGACAAAAAAUUUAAGCUAAAGUACACCGUGGACAAAAGAGGCCGGCCAAUCAAUCAUACCUCAACUGAUGAUUUGAAGCGCUUUUAUGCUUUGUCGGAUUCUGACAUUUCCGAACAAGAAGACAAAGAGCAAUGUGAAAAGAUAAAGAAAAAGAAAGUAAGGUCAAAAGCAAAACAAGGAAGUAAAGAGGAGAAAGCUUUGUCAUUAUCGGGAGAUGAUGGAAGGAAGUGCAGGGUGACAAAAAAGAACCAGCUCUCAGUGAUUGAACGCAAGUCAUCAAAAUUGACCAAGCAAGCCAAAGGUGAAAAGGCAAAGGCAGAGAAAACACAUAAAGGGAUCAAAGUCUUCUCUAAAGAUCAGCAUGAAGAUACCAUGCAUGGCAAGAAAGCAGCACCAGCAGAUGUCCUCCCAAUUGCAGGCAUUGAUAUAAAGUCUUCUGCUGAAGAGGAUACAGAAUCAGAAACAGAAGCUGAUGAAGAUGAUGAAUCGACAGUGGGUACAUCAUCAACUGACGAAGAAGGAAGUAGUGUGGAAGAAAAUGACUCCCUUGAGGCUGAAACCACUGAGGAUGAGAUUGAUGAAGAGGAAGAUAGUGAUUCUGGAGAAGAAAGUGACUUUGGUCCAGAUCUGGCCAGAGGGAUGGGAAAUAUUGAGACAAGUUCUGACGAGGAUGAGGAGAAUGACAUGACUGAGCUUCUGCAUGCUGAAGAAGAGAUUGAACAUGACUGGGGAGAGCUUUGGAAGGAUGCUCCACGAGGAGAAGAUGUGACCAGACGAUUAGCAUUAUGUAACAUAGACUGGGAGAGGCUCAAGGCAAAAGACCUGCUUGCUGUCUUCAAUUCUUUCAAACCUAAAGGAGGCAUUGUGUAUUCUGUCAAGAUCUACCCUUCAGAUUUUGGAAAGGAAAGAACUAAGAAGGAAGAGCAGCAGGGACCUCUGGAACUGGUGACUUUGCCUGAAGAUCCUGAUGAAGAUAAUGAAGCACAGAGACUUUACAGAGAAAAGAUGCGUGAAUAUCAAUUCAAGCGGAUGAGGUAUUACUAUGCAGUUGUGGACUGUGAUUCUCCUGAGACUGCCAGUAAGAUAUACGAGGAAUGCGACGGACAUGAGUAUGAAAGCAGCUGUUCUGUAAUGGACCUCAGGUUUAUUCCAGACGAUGUUACUUUUGAUGACGAGCCAAAAGAUGUUGCUGCAGAUGUUGAUCUGGCUGCAUAUACCCCAAAAUAUUUCUCCUCAUCGGCCACAGCAACAUCAAAAGUGGAACUCACAUGGGAUGAAACGGACCACGAUCGUGUCACCUUGCUUAACAGGAAAUUCAAGAAAGAUGAAAUUCUCUCCAUGGAUUUUAAUGCAUAUCUGGCUUCAUCCAGUGAAGAUGAAGGUGUAGAUGAUGAUUCAGUGGAUGACAAAGAGACACAAGUAGAAAAGAUGGAUGGUGCUGAAGUGGUACAGAACAAAAAGCUGGGCAAAGCCAAAAAAGAUGAUGAAGAACAGAUAUCAAAGUACAGAGACCUGCUAAAAAGCAUCCAAAACAAAGAGAAGACACACAAGGAUAUUGAUAUGGAGAUGCAGAUUAAGUGGGUGCCAGGCCUUAAAGAGACAACUGAGAAGCUUGUGAAGCAAAAAUUAGAAGGAAAAGAAAAACUGACACCAUGGGAAGAAUUCUUAAAGAAGAAAAAGGAAAAGAAACUGCAAAAAAAGAAACAGGGAAAGAAUACGGUUUCGCCUGAAGAACAGAUCAGUGAUGAUGAGCUGCCUCCUGAUGUUGAUCUUAAUGAUUCAUACUUUGCUGAAGAAAUAGGCCAACUGGGUACUGGACAGAAAGCUAGCAAGAAGAGCAAGAAAAAAGAAGAAAAAGAUCCAGAGGAAGUUGCUGAGAUAGAAAAACAGAGGGCAGAAAUGACUUUGCUGAUGAUGGAUGAUGAAGAUGAAAGCAGAAAGCAUUUUAACUAUGACAAGAUUGUAGAGCAGCAAAAUCUAAGCAAGCAGAAGAGGAAAAAAUUGAUGAAGCAAGAAGAACUGUUAGAAGAAGACACUUUUCAGGUUGACGUGUCUGAUCCCAGAUUCAAUGCCAUGUAUACUUCUCAUCUUUAUAACUUGGAUCCGGCAGACCCUGCAUAUAAAAAGACAAGAGGCACGGAGAAAAUUAUUGAAGAAAAACUCAGAAGGAGGGAACACCAGCAUCAGAGCCAGGAAGGAAGCCAGAAAGGGAUGGUCAGGAACAAGAGACAGUUGAGUGAGGAGGAGGAGGAGGAGAAGAGCAAGGGAACAGUGCCUGUUCAGACAAAACUUGAGCCAGGCCUCUCAAUGCUGAUUAAAUCUAUCAAAAGCAAAACAGAACAGUUCCAGGCAAGGAAAAAGCAGAAAACCAGUACAAGUUAAAUAAGGAGAAAAAAAAAGCUCUUGCUUUCAAAGCAUUGUUUGAAAGUCUAAGAAGUUUGUCUUCAAAUUAUGAAGAACAGUUUGCACCUAAAUCUUCAUAAUGUUAAAAUGCCUCUAAAACAAUAUGCAAAGUAAAAGUGAUGUCCUAAAUUGGUCCGUCAGUCUGCACUGUGCAUAUCCCUUAGGCGGACAGACAUUUUUGAGUAAUUUUAAGCAGUUCUGGAAGAUUUUUGUCUGAAAGCUUGUUAAAAAAAUAAUCAUCACUCAUAUUGCCAGAACAUGUUUGUUUCAUGGUGAUAAUCAUAGGCAACCCAAUCACUUGUAUUGGAUGAAAACAGGGGAUGCACACUAGCACCAGGAAGUAGUGCAGAUUUGUGGGGAAUCUUGACAAAUAAAUGGGAUCUUUUGUGUCUACCUUCUACAAGACUUUGUAUGAAUCAAGUGAAUUUAUAGCAUAAGUAAAAUAUUCUUCAUUAUUUUUAUAUAAAUUGGCAUUUCCCAUA